UAUAUCCUAUAAAGUACUUUUGUCCCUUCUCCAUCCCUCUCUAUUAAAAACUUCCCCAUAAAUUCAUUUCCAGUCCCUACACAUCAAGAAAAAUCUCUCUCCAAAUUCAGCCCCAAAUGGAAUCCACCACCGACACCGCAUACCGCCGCCGCCACCACCAUCACCGUGAUACCUUCAACCCAAACCCCAAUUCCGAGCCCAACUCCUCCGACCCACCAGAACCCAACCCCAGACUACUCUCUCUCCUCCUCAAAUCCAUCAUCAUGAUCCUGAUCACCUCCCUCUUCUUCAUCUUCCUCAGCAUCGCCUCCCUCGUCGUCCUCCACUUCUUCCUCGCCGGCGGCCACGCCCUCCGCCGCCGUCACCGCCGCCGCUCCGCCACCCCGUCGGACCUCCAGAGAUCUCUCCCGACCGUCCGAUACGACGCCGGUGCCGACGGAGGCAAAGAAGACUGCGCCGUGUGCUUGGACUUUUUCAAGGGGGGCGAGCGGUGUCGGGUCUUGCCCGAUUGCGGUCAUGUUUUUCACGCGGGUUGCGUGGACACGUGGCUGGUUAAGAGGGAUAAUUGCCCCGUGUGCAGGGCACGUGUGAGGCUUGAUUUGGGGCCCACUGGGUCGGCCAUGGGAGAUGAUGACUGUAAGGUUUUCUGGGCUGUUGGUGUUUGAUGCGAGGGCUAGGGCUUGCGGGCAGAGUUUUGGUGGAUUUUUCUCACUGUUGUCACUGGUUGAAUUCAUGUCACGGACUCACCGGCAAGACUUCACCCCAUACCGGUGAAUACCUUGCUAGCUUCACUUUGUUGCCAAUUGGUGGAGGUGAGAAACGAGCCGAGUAGUUGAUUGUUCAAGCUGUAGCUUGUUUACAAGGCAAGCCCACCUCAAAUGAUCUUUAAUCAAACAGACCACGAGUUGAUCACGAGAUCAUACUCCGAACAAGCAGAUUUUCGGUUUAUUUGAGCUUGGUUUGAAAACCUAACGAGCUUUAAAAUUAGUUAUUUCAUCCAUUUCACAGGUGUUUUUUUUUUUUUUGAGAGGCCUGUCUUUUCUGUAGUUAACGGAAUGAAAGAUUGCAAUUUUCGUGGGAAAUCCAUAUGUGUCUCUCUGGGUAUCCACCAUUGGAGUAUGAAGGCUGUUGAGAACUUCGAUUUGUUUGAGGAUCUUAAUCUUCUUUAUCAUCUUUCUAGUUAUUAUUCUGAUUGUCAUUAUUCUGACUUCAUUUUGUAGUUGCAUUCGGAGUAUUAAGAAGUUGUGAUGAGAAGGCUGUCCCUUAAGCAAGAUUCUUGUAAUUUUACUGUAGCUAUGAAUUAUGCUUCUUCUUUUUUUUUUGGUUCCACAGCGGUGGAUUCUGUUUCGAUCAUGAACUUGCUGAGAUCUGUAGCUGAAAUAAAGCUACUCCUACUUUUGAACCAAUAGUCAUUUAAUUGUCAGCAUAAUUAUUCGUUGGGAUAUAUUAUGAACUCUCUGAGCAUUCUUUGUUGAGAAACGAUUUUGAUUUGCGAA